CCUUUGUGUUACCCACCGCCCGUCAAUCAAAAUAGAAACAAAUCUGACAGUUAUCACCCAUUUCUGUGCUUAUACAAUCAGUAUAGCGUGCUGAUCAUGUCUGGCGGCUGGUGACUAUCAGAACCCUGCGUUUUACGACAAUGACUGCCCCAGAACAGCCGAUGAAAGCGGAUGAUAUGGCUGCCUUGGACGUGGACAGCAGUCGGAGCGACUUUUUGCAGCAGGAGGAAGACAGAGACGACCAGGACACUCAGCCAUCACCACUCGACCUGCUAGCAGCGACCUGCACUAAGGCUGGGUCGCCUUCGUCAGAGGUGGACAGAGGUGCUGCCGCUGAUGUGACAUCGGAUCCAUCGACACAGCUCACUGGGACUGACAAAUGGGAGGUGUUAACCCCCACGACAGCAGCAAAGGAUGAGUCUGGAAUAAUACAGAUCCAAAGUCAAGGAAUUUUAACAUCCAAUGGACAGUACGUUCUUCCUCUCCAGAACUUGCAGAGUCAGCCAAUCUUUGUGACUUCAGGAACAGACGAUUCCUCUGCCAAUUCAGUGCCUAACAUUCAGUACCAAGUUAUUCCUCAGAUUCAGACAGCAGAUGGACAGCUGAGCUUCUCCACGUCCAGUGUGGAGGGAGCAACUCUGACUCAGGAUGCCUCCGGGCAGAUUCAGAUCUUGCCCGAUGGUAGCCAGAGUCUCAACGUGACAUCCACUGCAAGCAUCCUUAACAACAACCAGAACCUCAUAUCACAGACUGCUAACGUCCACCAGAUCCAGGGGGUUUCCAUCGGCAGCUCCACCUUCAACAACCAGGGCCAGGUUGUUGCUAAUGUGCCUGUGGGUUUGCCCGGGAACAUUACCUUUGUUCCUUUUAAUAGCGUGGACUUGGACUCCCUCGGCCUGUCCGGUGCUCAGACUAUAGCUACAGGGGUCACUGCCGAUGGCCAGCUAAUUAUGGCGGGACAGCCCGUGGACGACUCACAGACUCUGGCUAAGACACAGGAUCAUCUCUCGCAGACACUACCAGUAAAUGACUCCAGUGCAAAUCCUGAGAUAUUUGUGCCAACGUCUUCCGCUCAGCUCCACGUUCCAGUAAGUGAAUCAGGUCUGUUGACACAGGACACGUCAUUGUCGUCGGCGUCGACUGAGCCGGCCAACUCGAGUUCGGACCUCCAAGAAAGCUUCAUCCAGCAAAAUCAGGAGCAGAAUGUCCAGGCGUCCACAGCUCAGCCCAUCAUCCAGCUGCAGCAGGUUCCUGUCCAAACCACCAACGGUCAGGUGGUGCAGUCUGUGGCGGCAGGCGGACAGAAUCUGCAAAACGUGCAGCUGCUCAACCCAGGAACCUUCAUCAUACAAGCCCAGACAGUCACCCCAUCGGGUCAGAUCCAGUGGCAGACCUUUCAGGUGCAAGGAGUGCAGAACCUGCAGAACCUCCAGCUGCCCACCACGCCUCCCCAGCAGAUCACUCUGGCGCCAGUCCAGACACUGUCGCUGGGCAGCAUCGGCACGGGGCAGAUUCCCAACCUGCAAACAGUGACGGUCAACUCUUUGGCACAACAGGAAGCAGGCACUGAAGCACACGGAGAAAUUCAAAUCAAGGAAGAGCCAGACUCCGGAGAGUGGCAGCUAAGCGGUGACUCCACCCUGAACACAAGCGACCUGUCCAACAUCCGGGUCAGGCUGGUGGAUGAGGACGAUCAGCUGGCCCAGGAGGGCAAGCGGCUGCGCAGAGUGGCCUGCACCUGCCCCAACUGUAAGGAGUCGGGAGGCAGAGGAUCCAGCAUGGGGAAGAAGAAGCAGCACAUAUGCCACAUAGCGGGCUGUGGGAAAGUGUACGGGAAGACAUCGCACCUGCGAGCACACCUGCGCUGGCACUCGGGGGAGCGCCCUUUUGUUUGCAGCUGGAUGUUCUGUGGGAAGAGGUUCACACGCAGCGAUGAGCUGCAGAGACACAGGAGGACACACACAGGAGAAAAGAAGUUUGUCUGCCCCGAAUGUUCCAAGCGCUUCAUGCGGAGCGACCACCUGGCGAAGCACAUUAAAACUCAUCAGAACAAAAAAGGCGUGAACUCUGGCGGCGGCGGCGCCGCCGUGGUGGCCUCGAUGGAAUCCGCAGGGUCCUCAGACAGUAUCAUCACCACGGCGGGCGGGACCACCCUCAUUCUCACCAACAUCCAGCAGGGCUCCAGCAACGCCCAGGACAUCCUGGCCAACGCCGAGAUCCCGCUGCAGCUCGUCACCGCGGUGGCUGCCAGCGAAGUCAUGGAGUGACCGCUGCUCCUCCGACGAACUUCUCCAACCUCUCACAUACUGUAUGCUCCUACCUGCAUUUUUAAUCAAGUUUUGAAGGAAAGACUAAAAUUAGAGCUAUAUAAAUAUCUAUAUGAAUAUAUUUUAACACAGUCAAUGUCCAUUGUCAGUUUUUUUAUUGAGAAGAAACAAGCAAAGUGGAGACAAGAAGAUAAUGGCGGGGGGAAAAAAAACGAAAACCUUUGCAGUAAAUACACAAGGAAAUGCCUUAUUUUGUACUAUAAUGUCGAGUUGGAAGUGUAGGAUUCCAGUUUGUUUCAGAUCUACCUAUUUGUUAUUGUUAAUAUUUUUUCAUU